GCCGCAGCAAAUGAAUCAAGCGCGUCCGGGUCUCCGUCCGGAAAAGAGCAGCGCCCCGCAAGAGACGCAGGGACGACGGCUGGGUGGAUCACCGAGAACCCCCGCGCAUUCGGCAGACGGAUCGCUCAUCCGUAAAUAUCCACGGCGGCAUUCGGCAGUUUGCAGCCGUAGUCCGCGGAGCAGUGAAGCGCACUGUGCCGCAUGCGGUGGCCAAACGCCCGCCGCUCCGGACGCCGAAAAGGACCGCAUCGGAGAGGCGCGGGAACUUGCCGCUUCGCCGCCUCGCACAGCAGCGACGAACGCGUCUCAGCAACGUCGCAUUUGCUCGCUGGAAGGAGCGGUGCUCGCGACCGGAGCCGGGGGAGGCGGCAAGCUGCGGCCUCGCCGAGGCAGUCUACGUCCGCGCGCCGCCGGUUCGCCGGUUGCGGCGGCGGAUGUCCAACCCACCGCCACAAAGGAGCUCGCCGACGCCUUGGCGCGAGUGCGCGCCGCGAGGUCGACCAGGCGCUUUGGAGCCCCCUUUUUCUCCGGCGGCCGCCACGUCUGA